GUUUAAGCGAAGCCUCAGUUCUGUUUUUUGCGCGGGAAAGACACAAACACCCAAUACAGCAGCAGCAGCAAACGCACCAAAGAAGAAGACAACGACGAUGCAGGUGAAGCUGUCUGCCGAUAAGCUGCAAGUGUUCGCGCGGGCGAUCCAGUGCCUGUCCAAGGUCGGGGAGGACUUGUACCUGGAGGGCACGCCGAGCCAGCUUGACUUGCGCAGCGUGAAUCAGUCACGGUCGGCGUUUGCGUGCGUCGUCUUCUCCCGCACGUUCUUCUCCAGCUUCACGCCUCCAGAUCCAGCGCUGUGUGGCGUGGAGCAACAGCAGCAAGGUGGCGCGGGAACCAGCAACAGCAACGCUGGCGACAACGCAUCGCAGGACACGCAAGACGACAGCGUUGCCGUGAUUCGCUGCAAGGUCUUGAACAAGUCGUGCCUUGGCGCCUUCAAAUCCCUCAACGCGCUGCACAAGAACGUGGACAACUGCGUCAUCACGCUGGACCCAGUGCGAGAGGCCAUCGUCUUCAAGCUCAAGUGCCACCACGGCAUCUGCAAGACGUACCAGCUCAAUAUGGACGACUGUGAUCCGCUCAACGCACUGUAUCGGGUGGACCAGUGCAAGAAUGUGCUGCAGGGCCCCGCGCACGUGCUGUCGGAGUGCUUGCUCAACUUCCAGCCGGGCCUGGAGGAGAUUUCCAUCGAUGUGUCCAGCCACACCAUGAGCGUGAGCAACGCCACAGAGCCCACGCUCUCCGGCCACAACGAGCUGCUGCGAACAGAGCUCACCAUCGACUAUGCAGAGUUUGCGGCCGCCAACAUCAAGCAGCCGUGCACCAUCACCUUCUGCCUCAAGGAGCUCAAGGCCUUCCUCGCCUUUGCAGAGAAGGCCGGCGAGCUGAUGCUGAUGCACUUUGACGGCCCCGGCGACCCGCUCAUCUUCAAGGCGCACGGCCGCGAGUUUGUGCUCGAUUUCGUCCUCGCCACACUUGCCCCAGAGAUUGAGGAUGACUCACGCGCGACACAGAUGAGCUCGCAGGCGUCCAUCCGGACGCCAAUGCGCACGCCGGCCUCCCAGCACCAGCACACCCACUCCCACCACCGCCGUCGCCGCCCCUACCACCACCACCACCACCACCAUCACGACCACUCACAGCAGCAGCAGCAGCAGCAGCAGGAGAACCAAGCGUCGCCUGCACGUGGCGGUGCUGCGCCAUCCAUGCACACAACACCGCGUCCCCCCCACCACCACCACCACCAUCCCCACCACCACCAUCAUCGUGACCAUAGUCGCAGCGCUUCGCAAGCGGGGACGCCGGCCGCUGCCCGCGCAGUCACGCCCGCCAGCGAACCAGCACACACGCACGCGCAACCUCAGCAGCAUCAGGAACACACUCAACAACAGCAACAACAGCAACAGCAACAAAAGCAACAGCAACAGCAACAGCAACAGCAACAACAGCAGCGGUACCCGCCCAAGACGCCGCCAACAACCCGCCUUGGCGCAACGGCAGCAGCAACAACGCCGUCGCUGCUGCAGUCUGCGCGAGCGGCGGCAUUGCAUGAUGGCUCGUUUCUUGCAUCGCCACCACCGCCCUCCUCAGCGCACGCGCCGUCACCAGCCGCCUUUAGCCACCCGUGCAGCCCCGUCUUCAGCAUGCCAUCCGUUGGCGAGUCGCCUGCGGGACUGCGACGAACGCGGCGGCGGGUGGCGAUGGACACGGGCGCAGACACACACACCCCACACACCCCACAACAACAGCAACAACAGCAACAACAGCAGCAGCAGCAGCGAGGUGAUGAGGAUGCGAUGGUGGUUGAUGUGACGACGGCGAGCAAGGAGGAGGAGGUGAGCCAGGACAUUGUGGCCGGCGUGGAGGACACGACCGACACCAACGCCACGCGGGAGAGCGGAGAAUUGGGCCAAUCGAUGGAGAUGGACGAUGAUGAGGAGUCGCAGCCGCAGGCAAACAAAUACCGCUCCAUGCUCGCAGGCCACGGCCCACUGCUGCUGGCGCCAGACACCGACGACGAAGACGACGACGCAGACGAGGAGUGAACAGGACGUGCUCGUGUGUAUGUGUGUAUGUAUGUGUGUGUGUGUGUGUGUGUGUGUGUGCGUAUUGUGUGUCUCUCUGUGUGGUUUCCAUUGGCU